AUGGUCACCAUUCCAGAUGACAAGCAUCUGGUUUCCCUCAAACAGCUACUGCAGGAGUGCAGCCAUGUGGACCUCCAGCCCACCUCACUGAUCAGGAUCUACUACACAGGCUGCUCUCUGCAGGACUGGGUCGGGCAAAACACACAGUACUCAGUGAAACUGGGCUUCUCUAAAAGAACCCUGAAUGAGGACAACGUUACACCUGAAACCUGUCCGUCAUCCACAUCAAGACCUCUACAGGUUCCUGAAGUUACAUGUGGAAGUGAGGAGGUCAUCGUGAAGCUGGCGGCUAAUGAGCUGAAAAAUGUACAGAACAUAGAUCUUGAUACACUUUCAUCAGGAAAGAAGGAUACAUUUCAAGAACCUGGUUUAACACUCGAGAGUGAUAAAGACCUGCUGGUUAUUACAGUCCACCCCUCCAGGAUGAAGGACCAUGCUGGACUUGUGCUGCAGUACACUGAUGUAACAAAUGAACUGUACACAGCAAAAGUAUUUUGUACUCAGUUUUACACUAAACCACGUGCCAAAAGAACAUUUGAGGACUCUUUCUGGAUGUUAUAUUGGAAUCAUGGUGCUCGGCAAACUCGGGCCAUUUAUGAACAACCUACUCUUUGGUCUGAACUGCGACAUAGAGGACAUAGGUUUGGAGCAACAAAACUCAGAGCAGCGGAACCAACUGAAAUUACUACAACUUUUGGGGCAAUAACUGAUGCAGAAACAUCUGCAGAAUCUACAACAGAUGCUGAGGCAACUCCUGCAGAGAAGAUCUUGCAAACUGCAACUACGGUUCUUGAAGCAACACCUGACGUGACAAUCUCCACACUACACACAAGUUACACAAGUCUUGAGAUUUCUUCUUCUGAAUCUGAAAUAACUUCGGCUGAGAUUAACUCACUAUAUGCAUCAAUGUCCACAUUACCUACACCAGCAAGAAGGGGAAACACUGAAUAUUCUAACAAAAAAAGUGAAACAAGGACAUCAACCUCUGUAGAAACAAGCUCACUCGAAGAAACUGCUGUUUCAACAAGCUGCACAAGUGCUGAGGUGUUUAGUUCUGAAAGUGAAACAACAAACACAGAAGCUCCUGCAGAAAUGACCUCAAUAACUUUUACUGCUAUUAAUGCAAAUGAUGAAAUAAUCACUGCAGUAUCUACAACAGACAGUAGCUCAAUUAUGGAGUGUUCUAGCAUUGAAAUUGAAUCUAGUACUACAGCAUCAACAGUUCCGGAGACGAGCUUAGUGGAUGAAACUGAUGCACCAACCUCAGCCAUCCCCAUGACAACCACAUGCAUAGGUACUUUUAUUUCGACCACUAAAAGUAUAAAAAGUACCACAUCAGCAACAUCUCCAAAGACAACCUCAAAAUCUACUCCUACUCUUCAUCCAUCAAAUGAUGAAAUGCUCUCCACAGUGUCAACAAGAAUAACCAGCAUGAAUACUGAGGUUUCUACCACUAAAACUGAAACAAACCCCUCAUUAUCCACAAUUCCUCUGAAAACAGCCUCAGUAUCUACAUCUACAACUACUGCUGCAAACACUGAUACAACAACCUCUGCAGUGUCACUUCCUGAAACUCUUACUUUAAGAGCAACAACCUCUGCAGUACCUACACCAACAAGCCCUACAACAUCUGAGGUUUCUACCACUAAAAGUGAAACAGUAACCACAAUAGCAAAACCUACUUCAAAGAUAACGUCACUAUCUACAAACUCUACUAGUCUUGGUUUAACAAUUGUUGCAACAACUCUCCCAGUACCUACAACAGCCGGCAACACAAUUAUGGAGAUGUCUACCACUAAAACAGAAACAAAACCCACAGUAUUUACAAGUCCAUUGAAAACAUCCUCAGGAACUACAUCUACUACUGCUCCUGCUGCAAACACUGCUACAACAACCUCCGCAGUAUCGAUUCCUGAAACUCUUACUUUAAGUGCAACAACCUCUGCAGUACGUUCACCAACAAACCCUACAACCUCUGAGGUUUCUAGCACUGAGAGUAAUACAAUAAGCACAACAGAAGUACCUACUACAGAGAUGACCUCAACACCUACAAUGUCUACUACUCUUUAUCCAUCAAAUGAUGAAAUGCUCUCCACAACAAUAAGCAGCACAAAUACUGAGGAUUCUACAACUAGAAGUGAAACAAUUACCACAUCUGCAACAACUACAUAA